CAGGGUUGAUGCUCUGGUAGUUUAUUUAUACAGACGAUAGACGGUGAAUCUUUUUGGAAAUAUUUGAGUACGUCAAAAAGUCUGAUCUUCUGAGAAAGGAGGAAAGGGAGGAGGUAUAGCCUAGCUAACAACUUUUUACACAUAAACGCAUAGAUAACGAGUACCGUGUGUAAUUAUAGGAAGUACUAGCUCCGGUUAUAUACUUUCAUCACUAAGGGUGCGCAUAAAAUGUUUAGAAAGACUCUAUGGUCCUACUCUAGAGUCAUGAUUGGGCAUCCUACAACACUUUUACUGGGCAAUAAGGGAGGUACACCCAAGCGGAAGAAAAACCCCAUGCAAUUACGUCGAAAGGUGUAUGGAAUUCACUUUAAGGAGCGUUAUUUAAAGCUUGAGGAGUGGUAUUAUUGCCCGAUAUGCUCUGAGCCCAAAAGGCAAGGGGAGUGGUGCCGUCGAGAGGAAUGUAGGCAAAUAAAACCAUAAAGAGCAGGUUUGCAGGGCUUGAAAGGAGGCAACUGAGUGGGAAAAUAUGAAUAUACGUUUUGGGAAUUCUUAACUUAAUUCACACAAAAGUACUUAACACAAACUUACUAUAUUUGCCUUGUUUUUUUAUGUGGUGGAAUAUCGAUCUAUUAAUAUGCACAAUGGUUAACCCUUUUUGGCGUGUGCUUUGAUGAGUUAAAGCGGAUUUGGGCCAUUAAAGCUAUCGUCAAUAACACUAAACGAAAGGCAAGCACAGUUUUGCUAUUUUUGUGAAAUUGAAUUUAGUUAUUUUUAUUUCCGUUAUAUGCCCAUACUUGCUUUUUCUUGAUACCUUUCUU